AUGGAGAAUAUAAACAGCAGUUUCAAAAAUGAUACAAUUGAAGACACUGAUAUAUUCAACAACACAGGCGGAAAUCAUAAUCACUACUACUACUACUAUUAUUACUACAGAAAUUCAGAGCCUGUCAACAUUUUUGACUUUCUUCCAGAGUCAUACAGAAAUGCAAGGAUUUUCUUGUACAAGUACCUGGUUUUCAUCAUUUGGAUCAUUUCGUUCCUUGGUAAUACACUUGUUAUCUUAGUUCUGAUGAAGAAGCGCAACCGUGGCUUCUCGACAUCCAUUUAUUUGAAAGGACUUGCAUUUGCUGACCUUAGUCUCAAUACAUCCAAUACAUUGACACUCUAUUUUACAUCUCAUGGCUAUAUAAAGCCACCGGCAUCGGACACUGAUUGUCACUUCCGUAACGUGUUUUCAUUUGCAAUUGCAUUCAUCACUACUUGGAUGCUUGUAGUUAUUUCAAUUGAAAGGGUUAUAAGCGUCUGGAUGCCAUACAAAGUAAAGCGUCUGUGCACAGAGAAUGGAGCAUAUAUAGUCAAUGUCUUCAUAUGGCUACUGUUCUUUGGCUUGUCAUUUUUGCACGAGCAUCUAAUGGUAUACGAAGAUGGUUUAGGGUGUCAAGUUCGCGCGGAGUACUAUAUUAACUACCACAACUAUCUCAUCUGGGUUUUGACAUCGGUUAAGUUCCUGAUUCCAUACGCCAUCAUUUUUAUUUGCACGGCUAUCAUCAUGAUCACGCUUGUCAACAGAAAAAUAAGAAAGCAUAGCACGGAGAAAAGAAACCGGGGAACAUCUGUGAACAUCGUCCUCAUGAGCGUCAACAUUGUAUUCCUUACUACAAAUGCUCCUUACAUCAUCUUCUACUUAUUUGCAAGUUAUACGUCGUUCCACAGCAUUCCGGUAUUGAGCUAUGUUUACUAUUUCUUCUGGUAUACUUAUCUGCAAGUCCUGAAUGAUUGCAACAGCGCUGUCAACGUAUUUGUUUACUUUCUCGUUGGUUCAAGAUUUCGGAAAGAUGUUAUAGAAAUGCUGUGUGUUUGUCUUCGGAAAAAGCAGGCGCACGGAACAAGCGGAAGUCAGAAAGAGUGGAAAACACGCGAUACAGUUCUUUCGCCUGGCAGUAAUGAGUCGAAUAUAGAAAAAAUCUGGCGCCGGGAAAACAUGGAGCUAGCUUUAUAAAAGAAAAACAUGGAAACAAUGUCUGUAUAUAUUUUCACAUUUCUCUUUCUAGUGAUAGGCCGAAAUAAGAAACAUCCCCGUAUUUGCAUUACUUGACAAAAUAAGAAUAUUUGAAUCGCGCAAUGAAUAUGUGAAAAUUUCGAAAAUGUUUACACAUUUUACUAACUAU